AUGAAGUGCCAGAAAGCCUUUAGGCUUGACACGAUCUCGGCGGCCCUGGGGAACGACCCCAGUAAUGAGGCAACAUGCAGAAUGAGACUGGAUGCUAUACUGGUCGAGUGUGGGGCCCAGGAGCUGGUCCGAGUUAAGAGUGAAAAGCAGAAGGAUGAAUGGCUUGACCCAAAGCCUAUCUCCUUAACUGCUGAGACAAACCUCCAGCUCAAAGUUACCUACAAAAAGGAGGAGAGAAUGCUGAAUGGUCAGUCCGAUUACACCAUUUGGUACGAUGACCAGACAAUGGGCACCAACCUCGUGAUAAUUGAGGCCAAGAGGCAGCUAGCACAUAUGCUAGCCAUUCCGCAGUGCCUGGCCUAUAUGGCCAUGGUACAUUCUAUCCGGAAAACUGAAGGACUUGAGAACAGCAUCGUAUUUGGAUGCUGUUCUGACAGUUUUCACUUUGUCUUUCUGCGGAUAGACAACGAGGGAAAGUACCCACAGUCCCGGUCGAUUGGAUGGGCAGGAAUUCCUCGCGAUCGCUCCAAGAUAUGGACGCACUUGUGCCAUAUCCUCGCAGCGGCGUCAGCGUCAUCACCAAGAUGUUCGCUGAAAACGGUUCGGAGGAUGAUUGACAAAUCGGCACAGGGGCGGGCCUACUACCGACUCCAGUAUGGGAGUCAGGAAGAUGAGGAGAUGAUCGACGGCCCCUAG